AUGGUUGGUAGAUACCAAAGUAAUCCAGGAUUGGAUCAUUGGAAAGCUGCAAAUAAAGUCUUAAGAUACUUGCAAGGGACAAAGGAUCACAUGUUUACUUAUAGGAGAUCUAGUCAUCUUGAGGUGAUUGAAUAUAUAGAUUCAGAUUUUGCUGGUUGUAUAGAUACAAGAAAGUCUACAUUUGGUUAUGUGUGUCUUUUAGCUGGAGGAGUGAUUUCAUGGAAAGGUGCAAAGCAGUCAGUCAUUGUUGCAUCCACCAUGGAAGCUGAAUUUGUGGCAUGCGUUGAGGCUACAGUUCAGGUAAUUGGUUGA